AUGCAUUCAGAGGGGGUCUGGACGGCAGUGCUGCUGGCUGAGGCCGAGAAGAGACGGCCAGCCCGGUUGGAGUCUCCCGGGCGGGGCGGGGCCGCACUGUGCUGCGGGAGUUUGCAGCUGUGGCUUCCAUCCCCCCGCUGUCAAAUCCCAGCGCCCCGCCUCCCGCCAGAGCCGGGCUCAUCUCGCCUUCCUAUUGGUCAGAGGCCCCGUCCCGGAGACUUCGCCGCAGCCCAGAUGGACCGCUAUGCCCGCCCUCCCCCUGCGUUGAUUGGGCCUGCCGUCUGCUGCAGAGUGGGCUGGGUGGGGUUGGGGGCUGCACUUGGGUUUGACCGGGGCAAGACGGGGUCGGUCGCUGCUGGUCCCCGCCGCCCGCCGCCGCCCGCCGCCGCCAUGGAGAACUUCCCAGAGGAGAUGGAUGAAGAGCAGUAUUGGCAGAACGAGCUGCUGCAUCUGGCGCGGACACUUUUCAAUGGGAUGGGCAUUGAGCUGCCAACAGGUGAGCUCUUUAGCUGGGAAAACCGACUUCCUCCUCCUGCUGCCAAGAGAGCCGUGGAGAACCUGCCAAAAUCCACCAUCACAGGGGCCCAGGCUGACGCAGGUGUCAAGUGCCCUGUGUGCCUUCUGGAGUUUGAGGAGGAACAGACUGCCCUGGAGAUGCCCUGUGAGCAUCUCUUUCAUUCAGACUGCAUCGUGCCCUGGCUAGGCAAGACCAACAGUUGCCCUCUGUGCAGAUAUGAGCUGCCUACAGAUAAUGAGGACUAUGAAGAUUACAGGAGAGAAAAGUCAGGGAAGGAUCCGGAGAUGUGCCUGGAUCCUGCUGAAAGGAGGGAACGUCUCCUCUCAGAUCAGAAUGCUUUUGCCAGGGCAAACAAGGCCCUGGCUCUUAAGCAGCCUUGGGCAGACUUGGACGGGAACAUUCGGUGCCGCCUCUUCUUGGGCCUGAUCAUCACGGCCUUAAUGCUGCCCCUCCUGAAGUGGAUUAUUGUGGCCACCACGGAGCGUCCUGUGAAUCUUCAUAACCCAGCAGCAGCGUGGCACCAGGGGGCCACAGCCAAAGGUUGGGGGUUUGAUCCAAGGCCGGGAGACUAAACUGCAUCAUGGGGGAUGAGAAGCCAACCCCACCCAAACCACUGGGCUCCCCUAAGGAACACUGGUUGGUGCUGGAGUUGAAGAAUCCCUGAGGAGCUCUCUUUGGGGGAGCUGACUCCCCCAGCUGUACCCCUGCACGAUGCCCUCUGCCCCUGCCAACUCCCCGUCCCCCUGGGGUACAAGCUAAAUCACCCCUUGCUAUGUAAAGCAGAAUAAAAACCCCUCUUGGGUAAAAGACCAGA